AUGGGUUGGUUGAUGGUGUGGGUUGGGGGGGAGGCGGGGGUGGCUUGGGUGGUGGGGAGUGGGUCGGGUGGGGGGGUUAGUGGAUGGGGUGUGGGCGUGGUGUGUGGGGGGGGUCGGAGGGAGGGGGAGGGGUGUGAGGGGGGGGGUGGGGGUUAUGGGGGGAGGGGGGGGGGGGGGGUGGGGUUGGGGGGGGGGAGAGAGGCUGGGGGGUGGGGUGGUGGUGUUGGCGGGUGUGGGGGUGCGGGGCGGGGGGGCGGGAGUGGGGGUGGGAGGUGUGUGGUGGUGGGUCGGGGGUGUGCCGGGGGGGGGUCGCGGGGGCUGGGUGGUGGGGGGGGGGGGGGUUGUUGGGGUGUCGGUGGUGUGGGGGGUGGUGGGUGGGUACGAGGGGGUGGGGGGGGGGUGCUCGGGCGGGGUGUGGGGGGUGUGUGGGGCGGGGGUGGGUGGGUUGGUGAGGGGGGUGUGGGGGGCAUGGGGGGGGGCGGGGUGGGGUGGGGGGGCUCGGGUGGUGGGGUGAGGGGAUGGGGGGGUGUGUGGGGGGGGGGGGGGGGGGGGGGGGUGGGGUUGGGGGGGGUUGGUUGGUUUGGUUGUAGCGUGGAGGGGGGAGUUGGUGUUGUGGGGCUGGGGGAGGGGAGGGCGGGGCGGGGAGGUGUGUUAGGGGUGUGGGGGGGGUUGGUGGUAUGGGGGGGGGGUGGGGGGGGGUGGGGGGUGGCUGUUGGGUUGUGGGGAGUGGGUGGUUUUGGGGGGGGUGGGCGGAGGGUGGGUCGUGUGGGGGGGGUGUGGGGUGGGUGUGGAGUGGGGGUGGUGGGGGGGUGGGUGGGAGGGUGGGGCGGGGUUGGGUUGUGUGGGGGGGAGUGGUGGUGUGGUGGGGUGUGGGAGGUGGCGGAGGUAGGGGGAUGGGGGGGUGAGGGGGUGGGGUGUUCGUGGGGGGGGGGCUGUUGGGUGGGGGGCGGAGGGGUGUUGCUGGGAUUGAGGUGGAUGGGGGUGGGUGGGGGGUGGGGGUGGGGGGGGGGGGGUAGCGGGGAGGGGGCUUUGGAGCGGCGCGUAGCGGGGGGGGGUGUGGGGGUUGGGGGGGGGGGGGUGGGGGGAUGUCGGGGGGGGGUAUGGUUGUGGUUGGGGGAGGGUGGGGUGGGCGGGGGGGGGGGUGGGUGGGGGGGGGGUGGGGGUGGGGGUGUUUGGGGGGGGGGGGGAGGGGGGGGUGUGGGGGGGUGGGGAGGGGGGGGGGAUGGGAGGGGGGUGGGGGCGUUGUGGGGGGGGGAAGUUGGGUGGGGGGGGGGCGUGGGUGGGGGGCCGGGUGUGGUUGGGGGGGGGGGGGGGGGUGGGGAUGGGGGGGGGGGCGGGGGGUGA